AUGACGCUCGUCAGGAUCAGCAACAACAAAACCCUCAAGGGCCACAAGGCCAUAAUCUUCUCAACCGUUGAACCGCCCCAGGCUCAGAUCGAUGCCAUUCAGAAACAGUUCCCCGAUCUAACAAUCAAGACUUUCAUUCAACCGUGGGGUGCACCUCUCGAUCCUAGUUUCGAGGAAGAGGAGUGGCGGGAUACUACUGUCUUGUUGACUGCGACCUUGUUGCCGAAACCAGAACAGGCGCCGCAUUUGCAAUACGUUCAACUUACGAGCGCUGGUGCCAACCAUCUCAUCAAGGAUCCCCUCUUUACGGAUACAAAGAUUCCAUUUUCAACUGCUAAUGGAGUUCAUGGUGGCAUCCUAGGCUAUGGUAGUAUCGGCCGUCAAACAGCUCGUCUAUCAAAAGCUUUAGGCCUCGACGUCCAUGCCUACACUCUUCACCCUCGCAACACCCCAGAGUCCCGCCGCGAUGACUCCUACACACCUCCGGGCCUCGGUGACCCAGAGGGUGAAUUCCCUAGCAAAUGGUUUUCCGGCGGAUCCAAAGAAGAAAUCCACCAAUUUCUUGAUUCAGGACUAGACAUCCUCGUCAUCUCAGUUCCAUUGACUGACAAGACCAAGGGGUUGAUCUCAAAGCCUGAGUUUGAAAUUCUCGGUAAGAAGGGGACUUUCUUGAUUAACAUUGCGAGGGGACCUAUCGUCGAUACCGAUGAUCUUAUCGAGGCGCUUAAUUCGGAAACUAUCAAGGGUGCGGCGCUUGAUGUCACUGAUCCUGAGCCUUUGCCUGAUCAGCAUCCACUGUGGAGUGCGAAGAAUGUGACUAUUACGCCACAUAUCAGUGCUGCUUCCUCAUUUUACUAUACGAGGCUGUUGGAUAUUUUUAGAUUGAACCUUGAGAGGCUCAGCCAAGGACGAAACGACUUCAUCAACAAAGUCAACCGGAAGGAAGGGUACUAG